UCUGUCUCUCCCGCCUCCAGAGUCCAAGGGUUCAAGUGGUGGGUGCUUUGAGCUGUGCUAGGCAUUAUAGAGGGAGUCCGCACAGGAGAAGGUUGGUGGAUAAGCAGCAUGGGAUUCGAGGAGCUGCUAGACAAGGUGGGCGGCUUUGGGCCCUUCCAGCUGCGGAAUGUGGCUCUGCUGGCCCUGCCCCGGGUGCUGCUACCCAUGCACUUCCUCCUGCCCAUCUUCCUGGCUGCCGUGCCGGCCCACCGCUGUGCCCUGCCUGGAGCCCCUGACAACUUCAGUAACCAGGAUGCAUGGCUGGAGGCCCACCUGCCCCGGGAGCCUGACGGCAGGCUCAGCUCUUGCCUCCGCUUCACCCAUCCGCAGGCCCUCCCCAACAGCACGUUGUGGGAAGGUGGGCAGAACCCUGGGGAGCAACCAGAGGGUGAGCCCUCCACAGUGCCCUGUCCUCAGGGCUGGGAGUACAACCACUCGGAAUUCUCCUCCACCAUUGCAACUGAGUGGGACCUUGUGUGUGAGCAGAAAGGCCUAAACAAAGCCACUUCCACCUUCUUCUUCGCCGGUGUGCUGGUGGGGGCCGUGGUCUACGGAUACCUGUCUGACAGGUUUGGGCGGCGCCGCCUGCUACUGGUGGCUUACGUGAGCUCCCUGGUGCUGAGCCUGGCGUCUGCAGCAUCGGUCAGCUACAUCAUGUUUGUCAUCACUCGCACCCUCACUGGCAUGGCUCUGGCUGGCUUCACCAUCAUUGUGAUGCCACUGGAACUGGAGUGGCUGGACGUGAGACACCGGACCGUGGCAGGUGUCCUGAGCAGCACCUUCUGGACAGGGGGUGUGAUGCUGUUGGCACUAAUCGGCUACCUGAUACGGGAUUGGCGAUGGCUUCUACUGACUGUCACCCUGCCUUGUGCUCCAGGCAUCCUUACCCUCUGGUGGGUGCCUGAAUCUGCCCGCUGGCUUCUGACCCAGGGCCGUGUGGAAGAGGCCCACAGGUACCUGCUCCACUGUGCCAGGCUCAAUGGGCAGCCUGCGGGUGAGGACAGCCUGAGCCGGGAGGCCCUGAACAAAGUGGCUGCCGCAGAGCGGAUGGUCCGAAGACCCUCGUAUUUAGACCUGUUCCGGACACCACGGCUGCGAUACAUCUCACUGUGCUGCAUGGUGGUGUGGUUUGGAGUGAACUUCUCUUACUACGGCGUGAGCCUGGACGUGUCGGGACUGGGCCUGAACGUGUACCUGACGCAGCUAGUGUUCGGGGCCGUGGAACUGCCCUCCAAGCUGCUGGUCUAUCUGUCGGUGCGCCACGCGGGACGCCGCCUCACGAUGGCGGGAACGCUGCUUGGUGCCGCGCUCGCUUUGGGCUUCAGGCUACUGGUGUCCCCCGAGAUGAAGUCCUGGAGCACCGCCUUGGCGGUGAUGGGGAAAGCUUUUUCUGAAGCUGCCUUUACCACUGCCUACCUGUUCACGUCAGAGUUGUACCCUACCGUGCUCAGGUCUCACCAAAGAAAACGGGUUGCUGACAACGCGGGCAGGUCCAGCUCAUGGCUCCGCUCUGAGCUGCAGGCGCCGCACAGUGUAGAGGCAAGUCAGCCGGGGCCCAGUUCCCGCCCCCUCUACUGGCCCCGCCCACGGCUUGGCCCUGAGCCUCUUAGGGCGGAAUCGGCUGCUGCUUGGUUCCAACCGGCAGACAGAAAUUUAGACCCACUCCACCUGGGGAACGCAGACGACUUUUACUUCCAACAACUGUCUGGGACCAGUGGACAGGAGAGAAGGCUCUGAGGCUAAACUGGGAGGGGACGGAGUAAUGAGGACGCCUGGAAAGGUGGCACUAGUUUCUGGCUUGGUAAAGAGGGGAAAACUGUUCACAGUGUAGACGCCAGGAAAACACUAUAAUUUCCCCGCAGUGAGGAGGUAGGCAUUCUUUGAAAUGGUUUAAUUUUGCCUCAUCAGUAGCAGAUGGUUAAGAACGGAAUCCAGAGCUCAUCUCUGUUGAGCAAAUUACUCAACUUAACUUUCCUUCAGGCAAAUUACUUAACUUUCCUCUGCCUCCAUUAUUUUUUUAAAAAAUUGGAAGAUAAUUGCUUUAUAUUAUUGUGUUAGUUGCUGCCAUAAAUCACCAUGAAUCAGCCGUAGGUACACAUAUGCCCCCUCCCUCUUGAACCUCCCCCAACAACCUCCCACCCCAUCCCACACCUCUGAGCUAUCACAGAGCACCAGAUUUGAAUCCCUGCCUCAUACACCAAAUUUCCAGUGGCUAUCUAAUUUUACAUAUGGUAAUGUAAAUGUUUCAGUGCUACUCUUUAAAUUUGUAAAAAUAUGGAAUGGUUCUCCAAUUUGCGUGUCAUCCUUGCACAGGGGCCAUACUAAUCUCUGGAUGGUUCCAAUUUUAGUGUAUGUGCUGCCAAAGUGAGCACCUGCCUCCAUUCUUAUCUGUACAAUGAGCAGUGAAAUAAAUUUCUCCCUCAUAGGAUUGUGGUGAGAAUUACAUAAGUUAAUACGUGCAAAGUGCUCAAACAGCACCUGGUACCUAAAUGCUAUAAAGUGAUAACUAUUAUUAUGAUAGAUCCCAUAAUGAAUUAAAAACUCUUAGUCUAGAAGCCCCAAAACGUGGUCAAAACAUGGCUUGCUCGAAAAAUUAUAAUGCUUAUUAAAUUUAAAAGUAUAAUUCAAACAACAAUUACAUAUUCCUAAUUUAGUUUAAGAUGUUUUAGUAUUUGUUAAAAGUAGUCCAGCAAUGCUUCAAAGGACAGUUCAAAGAAAUAUAAACCCACAAAAUGAAAGAAAGUAUUUGCAAACUUAUAUCUGAUAAGGAUCUUGUAAUCAGAAUAAAGGACUUUUAUGACCUAACAAUAAAAAGACAACCCAAUUAAAAACUGGGAAAACUGGGAAAAGAAUUUGAAUAGACAUUUUUCCAAAGAAGAUAUACAAAGGUUAACAACAUAUGAAAUGAUGCUCUACAUCAUUUGUCAUUAGGGAAAUGAAAAUCAGUACCACAAGGAGAUAUUAUUUUAUACCUACUAAAUGGCUAUCAUAAAAAAAUGAGUGUUAGUGAGGAGGUGGCAAAACUGGACCCCUCAUAUAAUGUUGAUGGGAAUGUAAAAUGCGUAGACCUUUGAAAAAUAGUCGGGCAAUUCUUCAAAAAGUUAAACUCAGAGUUACCAUCAGUUCAGUUCAGUCUCUCAGUCAUGUCUGACUCUU